UGUAUGUGUGCAUGUGUAUGUGGAUAACUUUAUCAGUGUGGCCCAGCUGUGUCUCUAGAACACUGCUGUUAUUGCAGGAUCAAACACUGUCCCUCUAAAGGGCCCCUGUUACACCAAGAAGACAUUUACUGUAUAUUCUGUGUGUGCUGAAAUGAAGUGUGUGUUUAUUACCCUACUGCUUCUCAUCUGUGUGCUGGGAGCUGAUGUUGGCGAAGCUGAGGUUGUAUGUCCACAGAGCUGUUUCUGCACUGCUGGUGUAGUCGACUGUAGCGGUCGUGGACUCACCACGACCACAAUGCCUUCAUCUUUUCCAUUGAGCACCACUGAGAUUCAACUCCAUGAUAAUCACCUCACAGCAUUGCCCCCAGGACUGCUGGAUGACCUGCAAGCGCUGCAGCUGGUCACGCUGCAUGGGAACCCGUGGGCGUGUGAUUGUGCUGUUCUCUAUCUGAGGGGAUGGCUAUUAAAACAGAAAAAUGAUGCUUUAAUAAGAAAUGUGAGCUGCGCUUUUCCUCCUGACCUGCAGGGGAGACUGGUGGCCUACCUAUCGGAGGAGGAAGUGCUUAACUCCUGUAAUUACUGGCUGUGUAAUCUGGCCUUGUUCUCACAGAUCAGCUUGUUUGCCUUUAUAGUGGUGCAAGCAAGCCUCCUCGCUGCAGUGGUCUACUUUCUCCGACGUUUUAGUCAGCUGAGCAUUGAUGCCCAGCGAGCAGCUGCAGAAAGUUUUCAUAGCUGAGACCAUCAGCAAACAACAGCUCCCUGUGUGAAAAGCUGA